AUGUGUCGCAGGUCUCACGAGAUUGCAUUGUCUUACUUCGAGCUGGAAUCGAUCGAGAAACAGUACAAGAUAGGGAAAGCUUCAGCCGCUUAUUUUGAAUUUGUUUUAUUCUUGAGAGGUUUGAGAUCAUCCUCACCUAACCAUCUGCUCCUCUCAUGCCUUGUGGCUCACAAAACCUUCUGCAACAGUGAACUAGAGCUGUGCCUUGAUCUCCCUUCAAGUGGGCAGCGUGCCUACGAAACAAAGGUGCCACUCCCGACGAGUCAAUAUGACGAAGAAGGCAUGUACUACCUAUUGUCACUGAUCUCGUUUCGAAAGAUCUCUGUGGACAUCAAUGAAAGCGUGGGAUAUAGCAAUAAGCUUAAAGGGUUCUCCAUGCCCCGAGCAAGGCCUGGUCCGCCGUCCGGCAGCUACGGCGCCGUUAUCGCGAACGCGCUUACACGACAACUCGACGACUGGUAUCAGAACCUACCGGGCCCUGUGAAAUUUCCCCUGAACGAUGAUUGGAUAUUCGAUGUUCGAAAAGCACGCUUACGCUGCCAGUACUUCAUUCACAGAACGAUGAGUCUUGAGCAAGGGCUGCGCGAAUGUGUAAACGCUUCUCGGGCUUUCUUGAAAGCCGGCGAAGAAAUAUUGACGCAGACGUCCUUGAUUGCGCAUUUGGCUUUGAGAGGGUAUUUCGCCAUGGCGAUGAUUCUGGCACUGGUACAUUCGAGCACCCUGCACGCCUCAGAAGAUGAGAUCGAUGACGAUGAGAAGCUUCUGCGGCAAGCACAUCGAUGUCUCUCGAAUCGGAAGGAAGUUCCUUUCCUCCGUGUGUCGAUGGUCAGGCUAGAUGAUAUUCUGCGGUGGGAAAACAUCCUCUAA